AUGAGGGGGGCCGGGGCCCCCCCGCCUCGCGGGGGCUGCGGGGGUAUACUUUACGCCAGUAAACACCAUCAGUCAGUCAGGUCUUAUGCCUUUGCUGACCUCCAGGACCUCCAUGCUCUCCACCUGGAUGCCAACCGCCUCACAACCCUGGAUGACUCUCACUUUCAGGGCCUUGUGAACCUGCGGCACCUCAUCCUGGCCAACAACCAGCUGCACAGCAUAUCUGAGGGAGCUUUUUCAGGUACUGAGAAAGCCAAAGGAGCUCUGAUCAGAGCCCGUUUUACUUCCAUUAGAGACAUUGAUGCACCAACCACCUUUUUCUUCAACCUGGAGAGGUCUGUGGGCCAAAGGAAGCAGAUGGACUUCUUGGAGACUCUGGAGGAUUUGGAUUUAAGCUACAACAACCUAGUGGAUAUCCCCUGGGACACCAUCGCCUUGCUGGUCAGCGUCAACACCCUCAGCCUCGACCAUAACCUCAUAGAGAGCGUCCCAGAGGGAAUCUUCUCCAACCUGCAUAAACUAGCCAGACUGGACAUGACAUCCAACAAGCUGAAGAAGAUUCCUCCGGACCCGUUGUUCUUGCGGAUCCCAGUGUAUGCUAAGAUGAAGGGUUCUCCUCUCACGGCGCUGGUGUUGAGUUUUGGUGGGAACCCUCUGCACUGUAACUGUGAGCUGGUAUGGCUUCGCAGACUGACCAGAGAAGAUGAUCUAGAGACGUGUGCUUCACCUAAGGACUUGGCUGGCAAAUACUUCUGGACAAUUAGAGAGGAGGAGUUUGUUUGUGAACCACCAAUGAUUACUCGUCACACCUCCAAGAUGUUUGUGAUGGAGGGUCAAGAGGUCAGCCUGCGCUGUAAGUCCAUCGGUGAUCCUGAGCCUUCAACACACUGGGUCAGUCCUGAUGGAAAGCUAAUAGGCAACACGUCCAGAACUAUCUGCUAUGAGAAUGGCUCACUGGACAUCCUCAAAGCCUCAGUGAAG